AUGAUUAAACAUAUACCAAGAAAAGUCAAGGACAAAUAUGAAAUCCUUGGUAUUGUUGGUGAAGGUGCUUAUGGUGUUGUUCUUGAAGCUCGUGAAAAAGAGUCAAAUAAAACUGUUGCUAUAAAAUAUUUUAAACAAACUCCUGGAUAUUUUAGUAAAUUACAUAUUAUUGAACGUGAAUUAAAUAUUCUUCAAUCACUUAGAUUUGAAAAUGUUGUUGAAUUAAUUGAAUGGUUUCGUGAUAAGAAACGAUAUUUUCUUGUAUUUGAAUAUAUUGAAUCGGAUAUGCUACAAGUUUUACAAGAACAUCCUGAUGGUUUACCAUUAGAAGAAGUACGUCAUUUAUCACUUCAAUUAUUUAAUGCUAUACAUUGGUGUCAUAAACAUGAUAUAAUUCAUCGAGAUAUAAAACCAGAAAAUUUACUUAUAUCAAAAGAUUCUAUUUUAAAAUUAUGUGAUUUUGGUUUUGCAAGAUUUUGUAAUACACAAACAUCGGCAGAUUAUUAUACAAAUUAUGUUGCAACACGAUGGUAUCGAUCACCUGAAUUACUUAUUGGUUCAGCUUAUGGUAAACCAGUUGAUAUAUGGGCAUGUGGAUGUAUUAUGGCUGAAUUGGCAACUGGUCAAGCACUCUUCAUUGGUGACAGUGAUAUUGAUCAAUUAUAUCGUAUUCAAAAAAGUUUAGGACAAUUACCAAUAAAAUACUUAGAAGAUAUGAUAAAAAAUCCAAAAUUUGAAGGAUUAAAAUUUCCUUCUCUUUAUCAAACUGAUCCAUUAGAACCACGUUUUAGUCAUGUAUUUCCAUCAGAUAUGAUGAAUUUAUUCAAAAAUACUGUUCGUUUAUGUGCUUCUGAUCGUUUAACAGCUGAACAAUGUAUUCAACAUGAUGCUUUUCUUAAUUUAAAUAAAAAACGUUCUCAACAACAACAACAAUCUGCAUCUCAAUCUGAAAUUAAACAGAACACUGAUAUAAUUUAUAAUACUAUUGUACUUGGUGAUAGUCAUUUAAAUAGAUUACCUAAUGAAACGAAUGAAAUUCAAGGUCGACAUCGAUCUUCAUCAGUAAAUAAAAAUGUUAAUACUGAAAGUACUCCUGAUCUUCAAUUUGCUUCUUCAUCUUUUACUUCGUUACAAACAAAAUAUCGUAGUAAUCCUCCACUACCUGAUCGAUCAGUAUCAUUUAGUCAUCAUCAUCGACCAAAAAUACUACGAAGACGAACAAAAACUCACUCAGCAUCUAGUGAUGAAGAAGAUGCACCAUCUAUAUUUAGUCCAAGAGCUUUGAAUGAACCAAAUAAUGAUACUAUUGAAACAAAUAAUAAUCAGCUAAGAAAAACAUAUUUUCAAAAUUAUCGAUCAACACCAUCAAUACAUGAAGAAUCUACAACGCCAUCAUCUCCAUCAUUAAGAUAUGCUUCGAAUGAAAUUUUAUUAAGACCUAAACAACAACCAUUAAUAAAUCUUUCACAAACAUCAUCAAAAGAUAUUAAUAAACGAUUUAGUUUAGAACAAAAACAACAUCAAAUAUCUGAACCAUAUCUCUAUCGAUCAUCAAUGAUUAUUGUACCGGAACAUAAUUCGAAUGAAUAUAUUUCUCAAAUCAAUAAUAAUCAAAAUACUUCAUUACCACUUCGACAAACACGAGAAGAACCAGUCAGUGAAAUUCAUCAACUACGUAAUAUGGUACGUGAACAUAAUCGGAAUGUAUCUCGUAGUCAAUCAGUUAAUUAUCAUUCACCUGCAGAAAAAACAACUAGUUUUCAACGAACACCUUUAAGACAAACUUAUCGUCAAAUGAUUUCAGAUCUAUUAGAUGAAAUUGAUACUGAUUCAAUGGUUUCAACAUCGAAUCAACCUAGUCGUAAUUUUGAACAGCAACAACAACAAAAUAAUAUAUAUUCACGAAACCCCGAUCAACGAAAGCAUAUUCAUGGUAGUGAUAGUCAUUUAAUGAGUUCAAGUGGAUAUAGUUCAUCAUUCAGUCGAUCAUCUUUUUCCACAACUAAACCUGAUUAUAAAAAUACAGUAAUUCCUCAGCGAAGACAACAACAAGAACCAACUAAUAGUAUAUUUGGUGUGUAUCCAUUUGCUCGAACAGCUAUGAAACAUGUUGCUAAUGUUUUCAUGCCAUCAUCUCAACAACGGCAACCAUCAUCACGAAUUUUAAAUACAAAAUCUCAUCAUCAUGAUCAUUAA